AUGAGUAAUAAUAAUCACAUGCAUCUUCAUUUGGCAUUAGUUGUUGCUGAAAAUGCAGCCCGAGAUGGAGGUAUCGGCGGCGGUGGUGGUGGUGGCGACUCGGAUUUAUUACAUGCCGCUGACGAAAUUAGGAUGGCCGCCGGCGGGCUACCGAACGAGUUCAUACCGGGUUUGUCGAGGUCCGGUAGCCAGAAGUCAAUUCUGGAAUUUGUUUAUCCGGAUACUCUGAGGCAACGUGUAACCGCUGAUGAGUGUCCUGUCUGUCAGCUUAUGCUUCCUAAAGGUCCAAAUGGAUGUGUAUCUAGACUAGUUAUUCUUCAUGAGGAAGCAGAAGAUGGAAACGCUAUGCCGGAUCUUACCCGUCCGGUCAGCGCAGUAUCACGGGCCGUGGAUAACUUGAUAAAGGUUGGAUAUGAAACUUGCCAUUCGUCCGAUGACCUUAUUCUGAAGGAGGAUAUGCCACCCGCACUGCAGAGGGUGGAAAUAAGCUCAAAAUUGUUGGAAGAUGCUUGUAGAAUGCUAAAAGAUGACCAGUAUUCAGUUCCUGCUCGAAGAAAAUUAAUUGAAGGUGCGAGAGGAAUACUGCAGGGUACAUCUGCCCUACUGCUAUGUUUUGAUGAAUCAGAAGUGCGAAAAAUCAUUAAAGGUUGCCGCAAAGUUUUGGAUUAUUUGGCAGUUGUUGAGGUGAUUGAAAGCCGUGAAGACCUUCUACAGUUUGUAGAGGAUAUUAAACCAUGGUUGGCCAAAGUAGCGAAGGAUGUCAGUGCUCGUGAAAAAGAGCUUACUCAUAACGCGCAUCGUGAAAUACUGAUUCGUUGUAUGGAUUCGAUCAAAACUCUCUCGCCAAUUUUAAUUUGCGCAAUGAAAAUAUUUAUCCAAAUAACGGAAGAGUCGCAACGUGGACAGCAAGAAGCUGCAGAAAACAGAAAUUACCUUGCUCAACGUAUGACUGAUGAAAUGAAUGAAAUAAUUCGGGUGCUGCAGCUGACGACAUAUGAUGAAGAUGAAUGGGAUUCUGAUAAUGUUACUGUAAUGCGGAAAGCUUUAAGUGCCGCUCAAAGUCUUCUUACUGCGGCACUUGACUGGUUAGGUGAUCCACGUGGUCGUCCGGGAUCAAUUGGAGAGAAGGCAAUAAGAAGGAUCGUCGACUAUGCUGAGCGAAUUGCUUCCCGUGCUUUGCCAGAAGACGCAAGGACAAUUAAACGAGCAGUCAGCGACAUUACAGCAAUGACAGACUCCAUAUGCGAAAUUCGAAUGAGGGGAGGUGAAAAUCAAGGGUUGGCAGCUAGCUGUGCUAACAAACUAAAGGAACUCGUUGGCACAAAGGAAAUUCGCGGAAUGUUACCCGAUGCCGUUCAAAAUGCCCAACAAACGGGAGGCGCUCAUCCUGCUCAUACAGUUGCAGGAAGGCUUGAGCAAGCCUUGAGAUGGCUGAAUAAUCCAGGAGUAGACGAUGGUGGAUUAGGACUACAGGCAGUCAAAACAAUGACUGAAGAAGCACGGAAACUAGCUAAUCUUCUGCCUGCUGCAGAACGUGGGCGAAUGUUAGAACUUUGCUCUGACAUCGACCGCUUAGCUAACCGUCUAGCUGAGCUGGAAAGAAAUGGCCUUGGUGAUUCCCCAGAAGCUCAAAACAUUCGCAAGGCUUUGGCUAAUAAACUAAGGGAGCUAGCAGAUUUUAUGAAGAAGGUGCUGACAGACAGAGUUGUGGAAGAUUUUGUAGAUAUAACUACACCAUUACAACAGUUUGUGGAUGCUGUUUACGCUCCAUCUUCAAUGCCAAAUCGAGAAAAGAAUUUUGAAGAAAAAAGAGCUAAUCUUGAUGACCAUACUCAGCGUUGGACAACUACGGCAAUGUUAGUGGCCAAGUGUGGACCUUGCAAAAACAAGAAGACUGUAGAGGCUAUAAUAGAUACAGCAAGUCACGUUGAUGCAAUGGCACCUCAGCUAUUCAAUGCUGGAAAGAUACGUAUGCUCAACGAUUCGGCCCCAGCGGAUGAACACUUUUCAAACUUGAGACGUGAAUUUGCUGAAGCUCUUACAAAGUUAAGGUCGCACGUUGACGAUGCAAUAGAUGCCGGGGAAUUCGUAAGAGCAAGUGAAAACGCCAUGAGAAAAUAUACUGGCCGUUGCGAAGAUGCAAUUCGUGGUAAUCAACCCCAGCAAAUGGUGGACAAUACCUCACAUAUCGCUCGACUGGGUAAUCGCGUUUUGAUGACAGCCGAAAAUGAAAUGAAUAACUCUGAGGAACCAACCUUUGCACAAAGAAUUAAAAAUGCUGCUAGUCAAUUACGUUCAGCUAUUCCUGACAUGGUUAACGAUGCAAAACAGGUCGCACUUAAUCCUCGGGAUUCCGGAAGUGCACAGAAUUGGCGAGAUGCUAAUGACCAUCUGCUCACUGCAGUUAGGCGAGUUGGUGAUGCCAUUACUGGAGUCAGUACUCCUCAGCCAGGCCAAACCCUUCUAAUUGAAUCAGUACCACCCAGAUUACCCACAAGUCCUGUCAGUCAUGAUCGCAUUUAUAUUAGAGAAGAAAUACCAACUCCUCCUCGUCCGCCACCACCUGUUGAAAUCAGUCCGCCACCCCGACCACCACCACCACCAGAAACAGAUGACGAGGAAGAAACGCGAGCAUUUUGGGAGAGAUAUCCGCUGCCUGGAGCAUCCAAUCAGCCUAUUCUUAGCGCUGCGCACAAUUUACAUCAAGAGCUGCGACAGUGGUCGAGUCAUGAAAACGACAUUGUAGCCGCUGCUAAGAGAAUGGCGAUAUUAAUGGCUCGAUUGAGUCAAUUGGUGCGAGGCGAAGGUGGCACUAAAAAAGACCUUAUUGAUUGUGCUAAAGCUAUUGCUGAUUCCAGUGAAGAAGUUACGCGGCUUGCAGUCCAACUUGCUAGACAAUGUACCGACAUUAAAAUGCGAAUGACUUUAUUGCAAGUGUGUGAAAGAAUACCAACGAUAGCAACGCAACUUAAGAUUCUUUCCACAGUUAAGGCUACAAUGCUUGGAUCACAA